CAGACCGCUACUUUCGAUCUCACCGCUACUUUAGUAUGUUGUCCUUGAGUAGCAAAAAAGGACUUCAUAGGCUGGUUUAUUCAUCAUACUCGAGACUUUCAUCUUCGGAGCCAAGUCAACCUUCAAAAGUUGAUAGUUCUGAUGAAUCCAUCCCGUACAAACCGUACAGUCCUUUUCCAAAACCACAAGGGAAAAUAGACUAUGUUGUCACCCGGCUUGAUGAUUUAGCAGACUGGGCUAGAAAAAACUCAAUAUAUCCGCUUACUUUCGGUCUUGCAUGCUGCGCUGUUGAAAUGAUGCAUAUCGCUGGGCCUCGUUAUGACAUGGAUCGUUAUGGGGUAGUUUUUCGGGCUAGCCCACGUCAAGCUGACCUUUUAAUCGUUUCUGGAACUGUUACUAACAAGAUGGCCCCGGCUCUUCACAGAAUUUACGCCCAAAUGACUCAACCGAAGUGGGUUAUUUCAAUGGGCUCUUGUGCAAAUGGUGGUGGUUACUAUCAUUAUUCAUAUAGUGUUGUACGUGGCUGUGAUCGAAUUAUUCCGGUUGAUAUAUAUGUACCAGGUUGUCCUCCAUCUGCAGAAGCGCUGAUGUAUUCUAUAUUACAACUGCAAAAGAAAAUUAAAUCUGAAAAACACAUUCAAUCAUGGUAUAGGAAAUAAACGAUGAAUUUAUCUUAAAUGAAAAGAGAAUUUUCAGAACUGAAUUGUAACUCACUUUCCAAAAUUGAUUCACACAUUAGUGUUUACCUGUAUUUAUUAUAGAAAACCAAACCUUUCUAGAUACGCAUGUGUUUAUCUGCUCAAAUUUACGUACCACUUUUUGGGUAAAAUGUGGGUUGCACAUCUGUUGUACUAUUCGGACGAUAUUAGUUAACUUUUCCAGCCACCAUCCAUCCUGACUCUCAGUGGUGACUAGCGUCUAAGUUGGUUGAAAGAAAACUAAGGAACGUUAAACCAAGCAAUGAUGUCGAUUCGUUAUAUUAAUAACUGCUUAUAUUGGUCGUCUUGGGAAUCACAUACUUCUUUAUGGUUCGCACACUAAUCGUGGAUCUCGAGUGAUAUAACUCAUAAUCAGUUGUAAAAGGCGUCAUAAUAGGCACGUUCCUCUCUGAUCUUCCAAUGUAUAUGACUUGAUUCGUACAUAUGAAGUAGUGGAUACUAUUCAAUCAAAAUAUUUUUCUGUUAUGUUGGGGAGGAGUAAGUUACAAUGGACAAAUGAGUGUGUGGUCAUUUUUGAUUGGCCCAACAGCAAAGUAACUUACUCGGACUGCGUAACAGUAUAAGUCAAAGUCUAGGGCAGAUGGAUUUAUACGGUAUCAAACAAAAAGCCUAGGAUGUUGAUAUCUAAUUUUUUCACUUAUAAAACUAUUAACUUUAGUACUUCAAACACUUCAAAUUCAGAUGAAUGACUUCCAACGAUAAAAAACAAAGGUUUACUAACUGAUUAAACAAGCGGCUUGUUCGUUAGAAAAUACUUUGAACACGGCAUAUCACUGAACCAUACCCUAAACAAAUCAUAUAUUCUCC